AUGCGGUGGAUUCUUUCAUUCUGUCUGCUGGCGCUAGCUGCCAUCGUGCAGGCGGCGAGUUCCAGUGGUAAUAAAUUAUUGGUUGUGCUUGAAGAGCUGGCCGAGAAGUCGAAAUAUACAACAUACUUAGGGGAUCUUGAAGCUAGAGGCUUCAAAAUCACAAUCGAUUCGCCAAAGAACGAGAAAGUCGCGCUGUUCGAAUUGGGCGAGAGAGCUUAUGACCACCUACUCCUUCUACCUUCGAAAUCGAAAGGUCUUGGGCCCCAAUUUACACCGAAGCUUCUUCUUGACUUUGUCAAUGCGGGUGGGAACAUCCUCUUGACGCUCUCCGCCUCAAAUCCAACACCAACCACCGUCGUAUCUCUACUCCUCGAGCUCGAUAUCCAUCUCCCCACCGAUCGUACAGCGCUAGUAGUUGAUCACUUCAAUUAUGAUACGUUGAGUGCUGCUGAGGCACACGAUGUUGUCCUUGUCCCACGACCAGAUUCCAUCCGGCCAGCUGUCAAGAACUUCUUUAAGGGUGACGGAAAGGGCGGAGAAGUUAUUGCCUUCCCCCGUGGCGUUGGACAAACUCUUGGGAAUGCCAGUCCUCUGUUGACACCUAUCCUCCGAGCUCCUCGAACUGCGUAUUCAUACAACCCGAAGGAGGACGUCGAGGGUGUUGAGGAUCCAUUUGCCGUCGGCCAGCAAUUGUCUUUAAUCACGACGAUGCAAGCCAGAAACUCGGCGCGUUUUACCGUUAUUGGUUCCGCAGAAAUGUUGGAGAAUACUUGGUUUGAUGCCAAGGUUAAGCGGAGCGCAGGUUUGGGUGAUGUUGCUGCCGGUGCGAAGAAGGUUCAGACCUCCAAUCGAGAGUUUGUCAAGGAGGUGACCGGCUGGACAUUCAAAGAGCUUGGAGUUUUGAAGGUUGGAGCCAUUGAACACCACUUGAUUGAAGGCGUGGCCGAUGACAGCAUUAUCAACCCGAAGAUCUACCGAGUUAAGAACGAGGUGACGUACUCAAUCGAGCUUUCGGAAUACUCCUGGGACCAUUGGGUGCCAUUUACCCCUCCAGCGGACGAUGUAGUCCAGCUCGAAUUCUCCAUGCUCUCACCAUUCCACCGCCUUCCUCUCACACCCUCAACCACCACCGCAAACUCCACAAUCUACACCACAAGUUUCAAACUCCCAGACCAACAUGGAAUAUUCAACUUCAAGAUCAACUACAAGCGACCGUUCCUUACCAACCUUGAAGAGAAGAACACCGUCACAGUUAGACAUUUCGCCCACGACGAGUGGCCGAGGAGUUGGGCCAUCAGCGGAGCCUGGCCUUGGCUCACCGGAAUCGGGGUUACUGUUACGGGAUGGGUGGCUUUUGUUGCGUUAUGGCUGUGGAGUAAGCCUGUGCCAUUGAAGCUAACAACGAGUGGGAAGAAGAUACAGUGA